ACAUUGCUAUUGUAUUAGUGUUGUUCACGACUAGCAGGUAAAACGCAGUACGAAAACAGAUCUGUUUACUGACGCAUGCGCGGCAGAGGGCGGUGUCUUUUGAUGAGGAACAACGGCUAGAGCACUUGUUGGAACAACACGAGCAGCGGUGGUUUUUAAUAAAAGCCACAGAGAGAAAGAGGAGUCAUUCGAUAGCCGACCACUGGUGAGUGGACAUCGCUCUGCAAGUGCUCUCUGGAUUAAGUGACACUUUAAUAAUUAUUGGACAUUGACCACUUUCAUUGCCGGACACUGGUCAAGAUGAUGCAGGCUGAGGUGUUGCGGCACGGGCAGUUUCACCUGUCACCCACGGCUGUUUUGUGCAGGUCGGACGAACAGCUACAACUCCCACCAUCACCCCCUAAAGACAACAGCCAUCCUAUCGGGUUUCCCUUCUCCAACCGACACAAAAAUACCAUUGGUAUCCACAUUCCAGUCCCAACAACUUUAGGACCAAAACCCAUGAAUCUCUCACCAUCGUCUUCUCAACCACGGCUAUCACCUACGAUUUUAACCAAUCAAAUGGCACCAUUUAGAUCUCUGCUGAGCGCUCCAUGCCCGCUGAUGCCGUCGUCUGCGCUGUCACCGCCGCAUCCCGUGCCUUCUCUUCAUCCUCAUCUUCUCGCCGCUACAGCAGCACCAGUACCACGAGGGAUGAUAAGCCAAGAGGAGAUCAAUGCGAUGUUAUACGGACGUUGGUUGCAAGCCGAGGCGGGGAGAUUGUAUAACUACGCCCUUUCUGGAAUGGAAGGAAAACCAAUGUUCGUCUCACCUGUUGCAAUGGACUGUCGCCCGGCACAAUCUGACGCAACCAACCUCAAGUUACCAGAAGGCUUAGAGAUCCGUACUACAUUCGUCAAUGAGGCCCCGCACCAUAGUGUUUUCUGUACUCACGCCGCCAUACCACGUGGCACGAGAUUUGGGCCGUUCAAGGGCAAGGUCGUCCACAUAAGCGAGAUGAAAGAUAAGGAAGAAAACUCUCGAAUGUGGGAGAUCUUUAAGGAUGGCAAGCUGAGUCAUUUCAUCGACGGCCGCGGCAUAGAGGGCAACUGGAUGACCCUUGUGAACAGCGCGCGCAACCCGCGAGAGCAAAAUCUCGAGGCAAUCCAGGUCAAGGACGAGAUCUACUAUGAGGCCUGUAAGGAUAUUCUGCUCGGCUCCGAACUGCUGGUCUGGUACGGAGAGAACUAUAAGCAGUGCAUGAUGAUUUCAAGCGGGAUAAGUGCAGAUGUGAAGAGCACCGAAAGGGAGAAAGAAAUUGAUGAAAGUUCACCGGGUUUCCAGUGCGAGCGAUGCGGCAAGGUUUUUGCUUACCAGUAUUACAGAGACAAGCACUUAAAGUACACACGCUGUGUGGAUAAGGGGGACAGAAAGUUCCCCUGUCACCUUUGUGAUCGAUCGUUUGAGAAGAGGGACCGCUUGAGAAUCCACAUCCUCCAUGUCCACGAGAAGCACCGUCCCCACAAAUGCACCGUGUGUGACAAGAGUUUCUCCCAGUCUUCCAGUCUCAACAAACACAUGCGGGUCCACAGCGGUGAACGACCGUAUAAAUGCGUGUAUUGCAGCAAGGCUUUUACGGCAUCUAGCAUUUUGAGGACACACAUACGUCAGCAUUCAGGAGAGAAACCCUUUAAGUGUAAGCAUUGCGGCAAAGCUUUUGCAUCGCACGCAGCACAUGACAGUCACGUGAGGCGCACGCACACAAAAGACAAGGCAUGCGCAUGUGCAAUAUGCGGCAAAACUUUCAACCAGACUUAUGAGCUGUCUUUCCAUAUGCGGUCGCACAAAGUUGAGCAAACCAACCCAGACACCACUUGCGAGCAAUGUGGUCUACACUUCGUGACACCAAGUUUACGUCACGACCACGUGACCAGCGGACAGUGCCAGCACGCGAAGCGCGUGAGCAUGCGCAGUGACUCUUCUAGCAGCGGGUUCUCUGAUGGGGAUUCCGUCAUUUCCAAUGACUCCAUAAUUGAGCGACCGGAGGAAUACAUAGACGUCGAAGCUUAAUCCCAUUGUUCACUUUUCUAAUUUUCCUCUUUUUUUUUAUACACCAGUAGAUAUUCUAGUAAGGAACGUCUGAUCAUUUGUUAUACUCCUGAUCUAAGCCAGUUGAUGCUGGAGUUAAACACAUCCUGUGUGUCACGGAAAGCAUGUAUAGCCUACCCAUCGAGCCGUUAAACGCCCUGUUCGAUCGAUAGAAAUCUCUGAAAGAUAUUUCAAAAGUCGAUAUAAAACUCAUUGGCACAGCUGCCCAAAUUUCAUUUUGAUUUUUCUCGACAAUUCCAAAAACUGCAUCGAAUCAACUCUAGGUUUUAUAAAAUUGGUUUCUGUGCACAUAAAAGUUUCGGGUAUAUAGUUUGAAGAGUGUUUAGCAUAGAACUGAUUGAUUUGUAAAUAGAAGAUAUAGUUGCUAAUACGACAAUCAAGAGUAAGAAUGCCAAUAGAUUCGCAUUUAUCAAACCUUGCCAAUUAUUUUAACGUAAUAAGAGGUACAGUCAUCAAGCCUUGCUGUUGACUUAAAAGACUUAAGUAAUGGGCUUUAUACGAUAAUUAGCUGUCAUUUUAGCUCAGACUAUAUGCCAAACUGAGUUUAGCCUAGAAGACACUUUAUUGACAGAACAAAUAUGGUAUUAUGUAUAUAACACUUAUUAUGUACAUAAGUAAUUGACUAUAUAUCAGAUAUAUAAUGGCGGAAAUGUGAAUGACAUGAAGUAUUCAAGGAAAAGCAACGAGUGCGUGACGACUUAUUCGUCACUGUCAUGACAACGACAUUCCAUAUAGUUAUCGGUUUUGAUAAAACGCGAUCAUGUAAACAUGACUUAUUAUUUAUUAAAGAAAAAAUAAAG